AUGUCUGCAACCCAGUUGCUCAACCCGAAAGCCGAGUCGAGGCGGAGGGGUGAGGCCUUGAAGGUGAACAUCAGCGCCGGAGAGGGUCUGCAGGAUGUUCUCAAGUCGAACUUGGGUCCGUCGGGAACUUUGAAGAUGUUGGUGGACGGUGCCGGCGGAAUCAAGUUGACCAAGGAUGGAAACGUAUUGUUGCGGGAAAUGCAAAUUCAAAACCCCACGGCUGUCAUGAUUGCCCGCGCUGCGACGGCACAAGAUGAUAUCACUGGUGAUGGGACAACGUCGGUCGUGCUGUUGGUGGGAGAGCUUCUGAAGCAGGCAAACCGCUUCAUUUCGGAGGGGCUGCACCCUCGAGUGAUUACCGAUGGCUACGAGAUUGCAAAGACCGAGACUAUCAAGUUCCUCGAUCAAUUCAAGCUCGAGCGCACAAUUGACCGAGAGCUGCUGAUCUCGGUCGCCCGCACCUCCCUCUCCACGAAAUUGAACCACGCCCUGGCCGAGAAACUCACUCCCGACAUUGUGGACGCCGUGCUCGCCAUCCAUCGCGCCCCUGAGAAGCCGGAUCUGCACAUGGUUGAGAUCAUGACGAUGCAGCACCGGACAUCGUCGGACACCCAGCUGAUUCGCGGUCUCGCUUUGGACCACGGCGCCAGGCACCCCGACAUGCCGAAGCGGGUGGAGAAUGCUUUCAUUUUGACACUGAAUGUCAGCCUGGAAUACGAGAAGUCGGAGAUCAACUCUGGUUUCUACUAUUCGAGCGCGGAGCAGCGCGACAAACUCGUGGAGAGCGAGCGCAAGUUCGUCGAUGCCAAACUGCAGAAGAUUGUGGAGCUCAAGAAGGCGGUUUGUGGCAACGACCCGAAGAAGGGAUUCGUCGUCAUCAACCAGAAGGGUAUUGAUCCGCUCAGCUUGGAUGUUCUGGUCAAGAACGGUAUCAUGGCUCUUCGGAGAGCCAAGCGGCGGAACAUGGAGCGUCUGCAGCUGGUUUGCGGUGGUGUUGCCCAGAACAGCGUGGAGGACAUGACGCCUGAUGUUCUCGGGUGGGCCGGUCUGGUCUACGAACACCAGCUGGGCGAGGAGAAGUACACCUUUGUCGAGGAGGUCAAGGAUCCCAAGUCUGUGACCAUCCUUAUCAAGGGCCCCAACGGGCACACCAUUGCCCAGGUCAAGGAUGCCGUCCGCGAUGGUCUGCGCUCCGUCUACAACACGAUCGUGGACGGCUGCGUCAUUCCGGGCGCGGGCUCGUUCCAAGUCGCAGUCUCCGAGCACCUGACGUCUCAGGAAUUCCGCAAGAGCCUUCGGGGCAAGACGCAGCGGGGUGUGGAUGCGUUCGCCGAAGCUAUGCUGGUGAUUCCCAAGACGCUCGCUGCCAACUCGGGCCACGACAUUCAGGACGCGGUGACGGAGUUGCAGGAUGAGACCCGACAGGGCAAUCUGGUCGGUCUGGAUCUGACGACGGGCGAACCCAUGGACCCGGUGCAGGCUGGUAUCUUUGACUCGUACCGUGUGCUGCGGAACUGCAUUGCUUCCAGCACGGGCAUUGCCUCCAACCUUCUUCUGUGCGACGAGCUGCUCAAAGCCCGGCAGAUGAGCAAGUCGGGUGGGCCAGGUGGUAUGGAGGAGUAA